CGUACACGUUCAAGAACUACAUCCCAUAGAUACCCAUACCCUACCUGGCUAUUGGUAGACUGAAAUGGAGUUCAACGUGAGUGUAACGGCGGGAAUCGGCAACUGCUUCGUCUCACUUCCUGUUGCUCUUAUAAAUACUCUAGCGUCCACCGCCCUCUCCGACCUUCCUCCGAUUCUCGCCCUUCAGCUCCGUUCUAUUCAAAGAGACUCUUGCUACAACAAACUAUGGCAUGUCGCUUGGUCUGGCUCUGCUUCUUCCCCUCCUUCAGCUUCCUCUAUCCAGAUUGACAGUCAAUAUGCGGAGUGCAUUGGGUUGUUGGACGGGACGGUUGUUCAAGUUCGAGUUGUUUCCAAUUUGCCCAAAGCGAGUAUGGUCACUAUAGAGCCGGAGACAGAGGAUGACUGGGAAGUCAUGGAGCUUAAUUCUGAGCUGGCUGAGCAAGCAAUUCUGAAGCAGCUCGGUAUUGUCUAUGAAGCAAUGGCAUUUCCUUUGUGGAUACAUGGGCGAAGUGUCAUAAAGUUUCUUGUUUCAUCCACCUCCCCCCAAACAUCUGUAGUGCAACUGGUCCCAGGAAGCGAAGUUGCAAUUGCUCCAAAGAGACGGAAUAGAAAGCUGAGUUCUGAAGAACAGUCAAUAACGACUUCUGAUGGGUUUCCCAUUACAAAGGCACUACUGAGAGUCCAAGAUCCAGCUAGUAAAUGUAUUUACAAAUAUCAAGGGCGUGAUGAUGAGAUGGAAGUGACUCUCACUUCUGCUAUCCUCAUUCAUCCCGAAACAGCUAAGCAAUAUUCUUUUCAAUCUCUUGGGACAAUGGUAAUAAUGGCCAGACCACUACCCAAAGAGAACAAAAAGAGCUAUGCAAUAGAUAAUGAAAAAACAAGUGCAAACACAAAUGAAGUUAAUCGUGGAAUGCAUAUUGACGAUCAGGAUGAAAAUCAAGCUGUAGUACGCCUAUUAUUCUCAAAAUCAGUUGCCAAAGGACAUGUUAUGCUUCCAUUGCCUCUUCGGCUUUAUUUGAGAGCAACAUUACACUCAUGGGUAUAUGUGAAGCAGUCCAAAAUUAACUUAAAGAUGGAGAUCCCUCUGGCUUCUAUUUCACCUUGCCAAUUUAAAAUGAUUGCGAAGGAUGGGGUUGUUGGGAGCAGUAGUGCUGAUUUUUUGGCUAACCACAAUAAUCAUGAAAUCAGGACCAACCUACAUACAAAUUUGGGUGUGACUGAUUGGUCAAUACAUGAGCAAAUAGCUACAAGUGUAUUUCGUGAAUCUCAAACCAGCAGUUGCGUCGAAGCUAAUAACAACAAUAUGAAGGGUGUAGUUAAUGUCCUUCGUGCAUGGUUUUUGGCUCAAGUUGAAGCUACUACAACAUUGGCAGGGGUAGGAGUUAAUUCAAUAGUUUUAGGGAGUAAAACAUUACUUCACUUCAAAGUUCGAAGUAAUAAAAUGAUAAACCCUGAAAAGGCACAUACACAAAAAUCUGGUUCUUUGGGAAGUAAAGUUGGGACUGGAGAACAAUCAGUCGAUGCCUUCUAUAUAUUGUCUAUAUCUGAGGAAUCUGCAGACGUUGAGAAGAAGGUUGCUGCAUAUGACCUCACAUUUGAUGAAGGGAAUGACACCUUUACAAGUAUGAGAAAUCUGGAAGAGUUGCUCAGAAAAUUGAGAUUGAGUGACGGGUUAUCCUUUCAGACUCUGUCUGAGAGUUCUGUAAAAGAUCCCAAAUUGACAGUUUCUUCAUUGAAUUGGAUGGGUACUGCUGCAUCCGAUGUGAUUACUAGAUUGACAGUUCUAUUAUCGCCUACUUCUGGGAAGAGGUUCAGUACACAUGAUCAUCCUUUUCCAGGACAUAUUCUAAUUCAUGGACCAUCGGGUUGUGGGAAGACACUGUUAGCCACAGUAGCUGCAAAAUUUGUGGAAGAAAGUGAAGAUAUCAUGGCACACAUAGUUUCUGUGUCCUGUUCUAAACUUGUUCUGGAGAAGCCCUCUUCCCUCCGCCAAGUCCUAAAGAGAUACAUAUCAGAAGCCAUGGAAUGUGCUCCUUCAGUCAUAAUAUUUGAUGAUUUUGAUAGCAUAGUCUCAACCCCCUCUGAGACAGGCAGUUCUCAGGCUUCAUCCUCUUCCACAGAGCUUGUACAAUUCUUUGCUGAUAUAAUGGAUGAAUAUGAGGAAAAGCGAGCUAUCAUAUGUGGAACCGGGCCUGUUGCAUUUGUAGCUUCUGUGCAGUCCCUGACCAAUGUCCCACAUACAUUGAGCUCUUCUGGGAGAUUUGAUUUCCACAUCAAACUUUCAGCUCCUGCCGCUGCGGAACGUGGAGCCUUACUGAAGCAUGAAAUUCAAAAGCGUUCUUUGCAUUGUUCCAAUGAUGUUUUGAUGGAUGUUGCUUCCAAAUGUGACGGAUAUGAUGCAUAUGAUCUGGAAAUACUGGCUGAUAGGUCUAUUCACACUGCAGUUGGCCGCAUUUUGUCCAAUUCAUCAAGUUUAAGCAUAAAUGAGAAAUAUACUCUAACUAAGGAUGAUUUUACCCAUGCAAUGCAUGAGUUCCUUCCAGUUGCAAUGCGCGACAUUUCUAAACCUGCUUCAGACGGGCGAACUGGUUGGGAGGAUGUUGGGGGUCUUAAUGACAUCUGCAGUUCUAUAAAAGAGAUGAUAGAGCUACCUUCAAAGUUUCCAGAUAUAUUUUCACAAGCUCCAUUAAGGAUGCGGUCCAAUGCCCUAUUGUAUGGCCCCCCUGGUUGUGGUAAGACACACAUUGUUGGUGCUGCUGCUGCUGCCUGUGCCCUUCGGUUUAUCUCGGUCAAAGGUCCUGAGCUGUUGAAUAAAUACAUUGGUGCUUCUGAGCAAGCUGUUCGUGACAUAUUUUCAAAAGCAUCUGCGGCAGCACCAUGCCUUCUAUUUUUUGAUGAGUUUGAUUCUAUAGCACCUAAGAGGGGGCAUGAUAAUACUGGUGUUACGGAUAGAGUAGUAAAUCAAUUUCUAACAGAACUGGAUGGAGUUGAAGUCUUGACCGGUGUAUUUGUUUUUGCUGCAACAAGUAGACCAGAUUUGCUUGAUGCUGCCCUUUUGCGGCCAGGGAGACUGGACCGUCUUUUAUUUUGUGAUUUUCCCUCACCACGUGAGAGGUCGGACAUUCUUAGAGUUCUUUCAAGAAAGUUACCACUUGCAAGUGAUGUCAACUUAGAUGCAGUAGCAGAUAUGACUGACGGGUUUAGCGGAGCUGAUCUUCAAGCUCUUCUUUCGGAUGCACAGCUUGAAGCUGUUCAUGAACACCUGAAUGGUCAAACUGGUACCCAGCCUUGCAAGAUGCCUAUAAUUGAUGAUGCUCUUUUGAGACGUAUUGCGCUCGAGGCAAAGCCUUCUGUUUCAGACAAUGAAAAACUACGGUUAUAUGACAUCUACAGCCAGUUUUUGGAUUCAAAAAGAUCAGUUGCCUCUCAGACUAGAGAUGGAAAAGGAAAGAGAGCCACACUUGCCUGAGGAUCAGUUACAACUCAGAAGUCUACAACGCAGGAACUACACAUGGAAAUGUGAAUUCCCAGCUGAAGAUUGCUGCAUUUACUCUGUAACUUCAGUGUUACUCGCAUGUCAAAAGUCUCUGCUAACAGGGCCAUUAUCCAAUAUCUAUUUUAUGAUAAUUAAUAAACCAUCAAGUUUAUGUUUUCUACCCGCAGGUUUGGGAAAAAUAAGAUUACAAAGUCAGUCAAUGUUUGGAGGCAUGAAAUGAGAUUUAGAGGCAUGGAGGAUGAAGAAAAUGACCUUGAAUCCAAUGAAGGUUUACUUUCGGACAAAAGUUAAUUAUAAGUGAAAGUUAGAAUAUGUGUGAUUGUUGGAUUUGUUGCUACUUCAUUAUUAGGAUUAUUAUUUAUUCAUAUUUAAGAAAUACUCCAUCCCCCCUAUAUGUUGCAGUAAUUAAGCAGAAUUGUGUGGUUGAUAUGAAUUGAUAUAGUACGAAUAAAAUAAGAAUGAAUUACUAUAAGAGGG